UCGGCACAGCAGCAGUAGUAUUAGUUGUAGUAGUAUUUGUACUAUUCGUUGUGUGUCCUGUCAGUAAAGUACCUCGCAGACUCCGGCGUGGCUCAAAUGUCUGAGGCGUCAGACGAAGCUCCUCCUCCUCGGAACUGGAUCCUGCAGCAUCCAGCGUAUCUGCAGAUGAAGGACCUGGAGGUUGAGGACAGCGCUCAGCUGCACGCAGCUUUCCUGGUCUACAUGGAUCUAACGGAGGUGCGCCGGUGGAAGGACGUGUCGAGCCUCAAGAGUCCUGAGCUGCAGUUGGUGUUGUUAGAAGGGAGAGAGAAGGAUGGAGCCCCCAUCCAGACCAUUCUCCCUCUACCUGUUCACCAAUCUCUGUGCCACAGAAGCAUACGACACGUGCUGGACCGAGGCUUUCCCGUGGUGCUGUGUGCGGUGGCGUCUGACUCCACCCUAAUCUACCAGAAGCUGACCGAUGGUUUGGUGACACCCGACCCUCCUGUGGGGCCCAAUCAGGACGCCGGGCGCCGGCAGCACCGGAAGAGACGGCAGCAGCCCGGAGAAGCUGGAGGGAAGAGGUGAUGAACUGAAGAAAGGACAGAAAGACAUUUUCAGUCUGUGUAAGACAGGUGCGACUGGACUCUUCCAUGGGACAUAUGAGGCUACAGCCUGUGAUUCUCUGUUAAUAAAGCCCUUUUCUCAGACAUGUCCUGCAGAUGAUCAGAAACAGAUACAGAAAACUGGAGCUGGACUUUCUCCACACUUUGCCUUUCACAUAUGCACAACACAGCUGGAGGUUCUCUGCUCUCAGGUGUUCAUAACAGCAACCACUUCUUCGCAGGAUUCAGGGGAGGGCUGGUGCAGCAGGCUAUUUAUUCCCCUGCGGAAUAAAAUAGAUCACAUGAUCGUCUGGGUCUUCUACGUUUAUGGCUCUGCCUUUUCACCAUGAGUUUUUUAUUUGCUUUUUGUCUUUUAUAUUUUUGUGUCUGUCGCGCAUUGAGUCAUCAACCCCCCCAUUCGCUCGCAGUGAAUCUGUGUUCGGUGUGUUCUCACAUCCUGUCCUUACGUACUGUCUGCAGACUUCAUACCAGAGUGCCAGGCAGGGAAAGUCCACAGGAACUCUGGAGCCUCCGGCUUGGAAAUUUGAAUUCACACAUUCACGUGUCCCGAGGAUCUCUGGAGUUCAGUGCAUGUCUGAAAGCAGCUUUUGUUGUGUUGUGAACAAACUGCAAAGUUGAAUCAUUGCUCUAUUGAUGCAGUUGGUAAAGUGUGUAACCCCUGGUCACAUGACCCAAGUUCACUCCCAGUUCAUCCACUUAAUGAUUUGUUUGCAGUACAACAUAGUUCAACUGUUGGUGAACUGAGGCGGAUACACAUAUUGAUAUUUGAAAGAGAUAUCAAAUGAUAAU